UUAUCUUUCUGCAGAGAUAUAGUAAAUGAUUUUUUCAAGCCGAUAGCCAGUCAGAUUGACCGCCUGAAAUCAAUUAAGAAGCACAGAAUUGGAAGGAGGCCAAAACAAAUUGAGAGAUAUGAGCAGAAAAUGAAGGAGGAUCGACAAAAGAGAAUCCGUGAGAGGCAGACGGAAUUCUUUGGUGAGAUGGAAUUUCACAGAGAGAGACUGGAAGAUGUAUUUAAAAUGAGGAGAGAGCGCUGGAAGGGAUUCAAUAAAUAUUCAAGGGAGUUCCAUAAGAGGAAAGAAAGGUUUCAUCGUGAGAAGAUUGACAGGAUACAGCGCGAAAAGAUUAAUUUAUUAAAAAUUAAUGAUGUUGAAGGGUAUCUCCGCAUGGUUAAGGAUGCAAAAUCAGACCGUGUUAAGCAACUGCUGAAAGAGACUGAGAAGUAUCUGCAAAAGCUUGGGUCAAAACUAAAGGAGGCUAAGGUGUUGGAAAGACAGUUUGAAACUGAUAUGGACGAGAGUAGUGGUGUUGAGGAGAAUGAAAUCAUUUUUGAGAAUGAAGAUGAAAAGGAUCAGGCCAAGGUGAUCACUUUUCAGAAUCUGUUNAGGGAACAAAUUGCUCCUCAGAAAUUCAAUGUUCUCCUGACAACAUAUGAAUAUUUAAUGAACAAGCACGAUCGACCAAAAUUAAGCAAAGUACAUUGGCAUUAUCUCAUUAUCGAUGAGGGGCAUCGCAUUAAGAAUGCUUCCUGCAAGUUAAAUGCUGAGUUGAAGCAUUAUCGUAGUAAUCACAGAUUGCUGUUGACUGGAACUCCUUUGCAGAACAAUCUUGAGGAACUCUGGGCACUUCUUAACUUCUUGUUGCCCAAUAUUUUUAACUCGUCAGAAGAUUUUUCCCAAUGGUUUAAUAAGCCUUUUGAAAGUAAUGGUGACAAUUCAUUGGAUGAAGCUUUACUGUCUGAAGAGGAGAAUCUUUUGAUCAUAAAUCGUCUUCACCAAGUGCUGCGGCCCUUUGUGCUUCGAAGACUAAAACACAAGGUCGAGCAUGAAUUACCAGAAAAGAUUGAAAGGCUUAUCAGAUGUGAAGCUUCUGGAUAUCAGAAGCUGUUGAUGAAGAGGGUAGAAGAGAAUCUUGGUGCAAUUGGAACUUCUAAGGCUCGGUCAGUGCAUAACUCUGUGAUGGAACUGCGUAAUAUUUGUAAUCAUCCAUAUCUCUGCCAACUUCAUGUGGAGGAGGUUCAUGAUUUUAUUCCGAAGCAUUAUCUGCCUAAUAUUGUGAGGCUCUGUGGGAAGCUUGAGAUGUUAGAUCGAUUGCUGCCCAAACUAAAGGCAACUGAUCAUCGGGUUCUUCUCUUUUCAACAAUGACUAGACUCCUUGAUGUCAUGGAGGACUAUCUUUGCUGGAAACAAUAUAAAUACCUUCGCUUAGAUGGACAGACAUCUGGGGGUGAUCGAGGAGCUCUUAUUGAGAAGUUCAAUCAACCAGGUUCUCCGUAUUUUAUAUUUUUGCUCAGUAUUCGAGCUGGAGGUGUUGGUGUAAAUCUUCAAGCUGCUGAUACAGUUAUUAUAUUUGACACAGACUGGAAUCCACAGGUUGAUCUGCAAGCACAAGCAAGGGCUCAUAGGAUUGGACAAAAGAAGGAUGUUCUUGUUCUCAGAUUAGAAACAGUGGGUACCUCGACCCUGGAGUUGCAUUGUAGGAAGCCGGGGCACUUCUUGUAUGAUUGCCCAACAAAGAAACAGUGCACUUCUUGGAAAGAUAAAGACAAGUCGAGAGGUGGCUUAUUGUGUGCAGAAUCAUCCCAAGUUCAUGAUUUUAUUCCGAAGCAUUAUCUGCCUAAUAUUGUGAGGCUCUGUGGGAAGCUUGAGAUGUUAGAUCGAUUGCUGCCCAAACUAAAGGCAACUGAUCAUCGGGUUCUUCUCUUUUCAACAAUGACUAGACUCCUUGAUGUCAUGGAGGACUAUCUUUGCUGGAAACAAUAUAAAUACCUUCGCUUAGAUGGACAGACAUCUGGGGGUGAUCGAGGAGCUCUUAUUGAGAAGUUCAAUCAACCAGGUUCUCCGUAUUUUAUAUUUUUGCUCAGUAUUCGAGCUGGAGGUGUUGGUGUAAAUCUUCAAGCUGCUGAUACAGUUAUUAUAUUUGACACAGACUGGAAUCCACAGGUUGAUCUGCAAGCACAAGCAAGGGCUCAUAGGAUUGGACAAAAGAAGGAUGUUCUUGUUCUCAGAUUAGAAACAGUCCAAACAGUGGAGGAGCAAGUUAGAGCUGCUGCUGAGCACAAGCUUGGGGUUGCCAAUCAGAGUAUAACUGCUGGUUUUUUUGACAAUAACACUAGUGCAGAAGACCGUAGAGAAUACCUGGAGGCUCUCCUGCGGGAGUGCAAGAAAGAGGAAGCUACACCUGUUUUGGAUGAUGAUGCACUAAAUGAUCUUAUUGCACGCAGUGGAUCUGAAAUUGAUAUCUUUGAGUUGGUUGACAAACAGAGGCGAGAAGAAGAAAUGGUAGCAUGGCAAAAUUUAUUUGGCGGGAAAUUGGUAGAGAACUCUGAGUCUGUACCUCCUUUUCCUUCUCGGCUUCUAGUGGAUGAUGACUUAAAACAAUUUUACAAAGCCAUGAGGAUAUAUGAAGUACCAAAUUCAGGUGUCGGAUCUAAUGCUGCAGUGAAGCGUAAAAGUGGGUCUCACGGAGGCCUUGAUACCCAACACUAUGGAAGGGGCAAACGAGCAAGAGAGGUCCGCUCGUAUGAAGAGCAAUGGACCGAAGAGGAAUUUGAGAGAAUGUGUCAAUCUGAGUCUCCAGAAUCUCCUAUAACGAAGGAAGUAAUGACUGGAAAGAUACUGCCAAUGGGUACAAGUGACUCUGUCAUGAUGAUGGGUGAAACAAAAGUUCCAGCAUUACCUCAGCUUACCGAGCCACUGGGACAACAAAUCAGAAAUACUACGUUGCCAUCUAAACGUGGCCGAGGAAGGCCGAAAAGAACGACGGAAACAUCUGUACCAAUUCCUCUGCCUUCGUCUCUAGGGGUGCGAGCUUGUGAAGAGCAAUGGACUGGAGAUAAAUCUGAGAGGAUUUGCAAAACUGAAUCUCUGGAAUUUCCAAUGAUGGCGGAAGAAAUGACUGGAAAGAUGCCACCAAUGACGACAAGUGGCUCCGUUGUGGGCAAGGGUGAAGCACAAAUUCAAGCCAUUGUGGUCAAGGGUGAAACACAAAUGCCAGCAGGGUCUCAGCUUUCUCAACAUAAAACAGCUGAGUCACUCACACACCAAAGCAAAGAGGCUAUACCAUCAUCCAAACGCGGCCGUGGAAGGCCAAAAAGAAUGACAGGAGAAACUACUUCACCUAUUCCUGUUAUUGCAUCUCUAGGAGCUGGAAAAGUGGAUGAGAGCUCCAAGGUGGAAACAGCUCCUAUGGUACCAGCACCUGAUUCUUUACCUAGUUUUACCCCUGUAAGAAGUAUCACUGGAACGAUGCAACAGUUAGGAGUUGUUCCCAACUCUCAGCCAACUGUUUCUCCUUCUCUUACUCCUGCUCCUCAGUCUGCUGCUUCCCCCACUCCAUCUGGGCGAGGUAGAGGACGAGGUCGAAAGCCUCAAACAGGAGUAGAACCUCCCAGGCGCAGAGGAAAAAGACAGACCACAGUAUUACAAGCUGUUUCAGUAACUGCCUCACCAUCUGGGACUGGAAAACCUGACAUGGGAAUACAGGGAACAACCAUUUCUAGUUCUACAGUCCCUCCGGGUACUGGCCCAGUAUCUCUUGGUCCCGUUACAAAGGAAGUACUUAAAGGACUGAGUUCAGUUCCAUCUGUUAUUGCUCUUCCUUCACCUUCUGACUCAGGUAAAUUGGGUGUGGGGUCACGAGUUCCCAUUUCCAGCCCUCUGAAAGUCCCUGAUCAAAAUUCUGCUCCUGGUACAUCUGUUGUGGCAAGUAUUGGUCAACAAGAAACUGGCAUUGUGUCUGCUCUUACAUCACAAGGAACCCCUAUUCUGGCUUCUGCCAAUCUUGGUGCACCCUCUAUUACUCCUUCCCUAUCUGUAACAAAGCAUGGAAGAGGAAGAGCGCGCAAAGCUCAAAUUGGAGAAGAGACAUCCCAACGGAAACGUAGGAGGCGGGAGCCUCUCAUAGCUGUUGCGAAUCAAGAUUCAAAUUCAACUGCACUUCUAGAGACAAAAACUCGUAGGAAGGCCAACGCGAUUAAGCUGGGGAAUGAGUCUCAGGAACUGGCAAAUGCAAGCCAAUCUGUUCCUCCUGGCUUUGACAGCAUUUAUACGGGACAAAUCCCUCACAUUUCUACUAUAGAUGCAGACGUUGCUCUAGACAAGUCUAAGGAUCCUUACCAGGAAGGACCAGAACAAAAUGCAGGUGAAGUCCUUGCAUCAAAAUCUCAGGCGUGUGAAAAUUUGCCGUCAUCUUCAUCAACCCAGGAAUUACCAGUUUCAGCAUUGAGCCUCCCAUUGUCAGAGUCCAGUAAUCUGUGUUUGAGAGAAUGUGUUGUACAACAAGAUAAUAGAGAUCCAUUAGGGGAUAGCUCCAUUGCUUCAAAUCCCGGGGUGCCUGAAAUUUUUAAUAAUCCUGAAAUUUCUGUAGGUGCCCCAUGUUUACCAAUAGUCGGCAGCACUUCUGUUGAGGUGACCAAAGACCAAACUUUAAAUAUUGAAACCACCAAGGGUGCGUCCACCUUUGGGUCAACGGUUCAGGAUAGUGAUUAUGAAAAAUCUGAAUCUCGACAGGGAAACGUACCUGAUGAAAUUAUUGAGUCUGCCAAGAAUCCUGAACCGGAUAAAUCAAUAGCCUUAGAUAAUUUGUCUAUUGGAGCAGAAGUCAGCAGCAUCUCUGUUGAGAUGACCAAAGAUCAAAGUUCAAAUACUGGAACCGUGGAUGCUGCACCAACUUCUGGGUCAAUGACUCUUGCUGGCGACAGUGAAGAGUGUGAACAUCCAUGUGGAAAUGAAAAAGACAAAAUGGUUGAAAAUGCCACUAGCCUGAAUCUGGAUGAAUCCAUAGCCUCUGAUGAUAUGCCCAAGGGAAAAACCAAUUCAAUUUAUAAGAUUUCGAAGGACAGAACUGAUAAUGAAUCUUGGGAAAUAGUUGUUGAAGAUGAAAAAGACAGGAUUCUGGCCGAGGGCUGUGUUUUAACUCAAUCAUCUAUUGAAGUUGAGGUUCAGUCUUUGGAAUCUGAACAGAAAAAAUUUAAGCAUUCGUGUGAAAAGGGAGGUGCAGAAAAGAAAGAAAGCGAAGAUACGACCAAGGUUUUUGAUACAGAGCCUGAGUCUAUUGUGAGUCAAAGCAUACAGAAAGAGUCAUUUCCAAUACUAUCUUUGGAAAAGGUGAAUUUGUCUUCGGAACAAUUAGAAAGUGGAAGUCAUCAGAUGGGUGCCUCACUUGUUUCAAAGUCUGAGGAGGUAGAAAUUGACAACAACUCCGUCAAGGAAGAUGCAGAAGAAAAAAGAAGAGACCUCAUUCCAGGUGAUGCUCUUCUUUCACUAUCCGAGGUUGGUAACAGUCAAUGCUUGGAGUCAUCAACUUUGAAUACAGAAGUUCCAGAUGAUGAUUUUCUAUCAAAGGAAUCCCUUGCCCAAUGCGAGGAAAAACCUGAAGUUGGAGAAGGGAAAGUUUCUGACCUAAAUGAGGUCAACUUGGAAGGCACUGAGGCUUGUAGAAGUGAAAUGAAAUCAGCUGCUGUUUCGUCUGAAAGCAUGGAAGAUUUGGGGCCAGCUUCUGAGGAGAAAUCACCAUCUUGCAUCAUGGAAAGUUCCAAGAUGGAAGCUUUAAAUGUUGAACCUCAAAUGGUGAACUCAGAGAGUGAAUUUCUGUUAAAUUCUGUUGAUGAUGUGGAUGGUAAAAUUCCAGACAUGGACGGAGCUGUCUCAAAUCCUGAACCUGAAAUAGUGAAGUUCAAGAGUCAAUUUGUGCUAGAUUCUUCUGUCGAUGUAAAAGCCUGUGAAAAUUCCAAAUUAGAUGUCACUGUUGUCGCACAUCCUGAACCUCAGUCCGAAAGUCAAUUUUUGCUGGAUUCUGCAGUUGAUGCACAAGGGAGUAAGAAUUUUGUCUUUGAUGAAGCUGUUGCUUCAGAUCCUGAACCUGAGUCCAAAAAUCAAUUUGUACCGGAUUCUGCAGUUGAUGCACUAAGGAGUAGGGAGUCUGGCUUGGAUGAAGCUGUUGUCUCAGAUUUGGAAUCACAGUCAAAGAGUCAAUUUGUGCUAGAUUCUGCAGUUGAUGCACCAGGGAGUAAGAAUUUAGGCUUAGAUGAAGCUGUUGUUUCAGGUCCUGCACCUCGGUCCAAAAGGCAAUUAGUGCUGGAUUCUACAUUUGAUGCACAAGGGAGCAAGGAGUCUGGCUUGGAUGAAGCUGUUGUCUCAGAUCCUGAACCUCAGUCGAAAAGUAAAUUUGUGCUAGAUCCUGCAGUUGAUGCACAAGGGAGUAGGAAUUUUGGCUUGGAUGAAGCUGUUGUCUCUGGUCCUGAACCUCAGUCUGAUGGUCAAUUUGUGCGGGAUUUUGCAGUUGAUGCUCAAGGGAGCAAGGAGUCUGGCUUGGAUGAAGCGGUUGUCUCAGAUCCUGAAUCUCAGUCGUGUCAAUUUGGGCUACAUUCUGCAGUUGAUGGACAAGGGAUUAUGAAUUCUGGCUUGGAUGAAGCUGUUAUCUCGGGUCCUGAACCUCAGUCCGAAAGUCAACUUGGGCUGGAUUCUGCUGUUGAUGCACAAGGGAAUAAGAAUACUGGUUUGGGUGAAGCUGUUGUUUUGGGUCCUGAACCUCAGUCCCAGAGUCAAGUUGUUCUAGAUUCUGCAGUUGAUGCUAUAGGGAGUAAGAAUUCUAGCUUGGAUGAAGCUGUUGUCUUGGAUCCUGAAUCUCAGUCCAAGAGUCAAUUUGUUCUAGAUUCUAUGGUUGAUGCUCAAGGGAGUAAGGAUGCUAGCUUGGAUGAAGCUGUUGUCUCGGAUCCUGCACCUCAGUCCCAAAGUCAAGUUGUGCUGGAUUCUGCAGUUGAUGCGCAAGGGAGUAAGAAUUCUGGCUUGGAUGAAGCUGCUGUCUCGGAUCCUGAACUUCAGUCCAAAAGUCAGUUUGGGCUGGAUUUUGCAGUUGAUGGGCAAGGGAGUACAAAUUCUGGCUUCACUGAAGCAGUUGUCUCGGAUCCUGAAUCUCCGUCGAAGAGUCAAUUUGUGCUAGAUCCUGCAGUUGCUGCACAAGGGAGUACAAAUUCUGGCUUGGAUGAAGCUGUUGUCUCGAAUUCUGAAUCUCAAACAGCAAAGUCUGAAAAUCAAGUUGAGCUAGAACAUUUAGUUGAUGCUCAAGUGAGCGAAAACUUCAAGAAGGACAACACUGUUGUCAUGAAUCCUGAACCUGAAAAUAUGACAUCUGAAAGUAAAUUGGCUCUAGAUUCUGCAGUUGAUUUACAAGUGAAUAAAAAUCCUUAUGAUGAUGCAGUCAUUUUCUUGAAUCCUGAACCUCGGACAAUGAAGUCCAAGAGUCAAGAUGAUGUUUCAGAGAACAAAAAUUCCAACGUAGAUGAAGAUGCAGUUUCUAAACCUGAAGAACCUCAACCUAGUCAAACUGCCAGGGAUGGAGUAGGUCUAGAGCAACUUGGUGAAGGAAACACAGUAAGAGACUCUAACAUAGAGACUGUUUCUCUUGCUGACAAUCUGAUGGAUGACGUGCCAUGUGACACGUCAUCAGUUCUUGGUUCCCAUUCUAGUAUUGAUGAUUUGGCUCUGGCAGCAGUUACAGACAAGUGCUCUAGUGCGACAGAAAAUAUUGCUAAAAAUGAUCCACAACAAUGAAUGGCCUUUGAUCUGUAAACACAUUAUAGAUCUUACUCUGUUUAUGUGUAUAUUUAGAACGAGGAUGAGUUGUAGAAAGUAUCUUUAUUUUUUUUGUUAUCACUUAUCAUAAUUUGCUUUGUCUUGUUCGUGGCUCAGUAAGAUCUAUCAGCCUAUGAGACUGAGGUUUUCCAUCGCUGAAUUUAGUGCGCUCAGAAAUGCUACUCGGUAAGCUCGGUAAAUAUCUUCUGACAAUUACCUGUCGUUUUAUUUCAUACUGUUUUGAGCCCGAGGAGGAGAAAUGGUAUUCUUAUUUGGUC